CCUCAGAGAGAUAUCAGAGAGAGAGAGAGAGUGUGAGAGAGAGGUUGGACUAAGACUCACAAAGUAAAAACCAUUUUUCACUUUUUUCUCCUUUUGUUGUCAUCACUUUAAUGGUGGUUUCACCCACCAAGGUCACUACAAUGGAUCUCUACUCCGAGCAGGCUUGUGAUGGGAUAGAACUACUGGAUUUGCUUUUUGACAAGAAUGAUGGCAUCUUACGCCACGAGGACAUGAUGCAUCACAAUGAGCAGCCUUGGCCAGUCCAGAACCCUAACCAGAUGAUGAUGCCAGCCCAGGGUGGUGAAGAGUUCUUUAAUGCUCUAAUGAAUGGAACUGAUUCUGGAUCCGUGUCUGGCUCUCCACUGUGGUCGCCCUCUCCAAGUGACAGUGGAAUAAGUGAGGACCCCCAUUCAGACCACAAUGACAGCCCUCCACCCCCUGGAAGCCCUCCUCUGGAGGCCUGUUACCUCACCCCUCAGCCGCGGCACAUUCUUCCUCCAGAUACCAGGCUGCCUGUCGAUUUCAAUGGCUGGGGCUCUGGCAUUUUCCCUGAGAGGCCUGCAGGGAUGCCACCUGCAUCUGAAGUGGCCCAGGCCCUGCCAACCACCGCAUUCCCCCUCACUGUUAAGGACCUGCUGCUAUCUGGCACACCAGAACCUCCUCCACAGACAUUGCAGCAGUCCCACCAGGAGCUGGUUCUCAACGAGGAUGAGAAGAAGUUACUUGCCAAGGAGGGAGUGACUCUGCCAAGCCAGCUGCCUCUUACCAAAUUCGAGGAGAGGAUCCUAAAGAAAAUACGCAGAAAGAUCCGGAAUAAGCAAUCCGCCCAAGAGAGCCGGAAGAAGAAAAAAGAAUAUAUUGAUGGACUGGAGAGCAGGAUGGCAGCUUGCAGUGCACAGAACCAGGAGCUGCAGAGGAAAGUUUUCCAGCUGGAGAAAUGCAACAUGUCUCUGAUGGAGCAGUUGCGUCGACUGCAGGCGAUGGUCAUGAACGGAGGCAACAAAACAGCUCAGACUGGGACCUGCGUUCUGGUACUGCUGCUGUCUUUCACCCUGAUUCUGCUGCCCAGCCUGAAGCCCUUCACCGAGACCAAGGUCAGCCAGCCAGGAGACUUCAGCCCACUGAGAGUUCAGUCACGGUCCCUGCACAACCUGCAGUCCUCUCGGGUGCUGCAUGCCCUGGAGCGCCCGUUCUCCAUGGUAGAGGAAUCCGAGCCUCUUCCUGGCUUCCCUGGAGACAAAGGUAUGGAGGAGAUAUCAUCUCUAAUGGAGAAGCUUCACAUGGGGCCCGGAUUGUCUAAUUAUGACCUAGGAGCCGACAACACCAGCCUGGAACAGCAUGACGACCAUCACCAUGGAGACCCCAUCACCGGGCACAUAGCGACGGUGACCUUGAGUCGGCCGCGUGGCGCACCGCUCCGACCGCAUGCUGAUGACAUCUGAAGGGCGGAGGGGGAUUUGCCCAGGGCAAGUUCUGCACCAAUGCUUUUACAACAGAAAUCUAUAGUCAACAAAGAGCUGGAGCCUUUCCACUUUCACCUGCAGAGCCAAUAAGAAGCUGACAACAUUUAGUAGCCUUCGAUUUGGUAGCUUAUGCAAGCUUGAUGAAAAAAAUCAACUUGUUUGCUAUGGUUCAUGCGCUGGAGAUGCUUGUGUAACUUACAAUUAAUUCCUCUUUAAGCUCAGAAACAAGGACAGAAUCUCUGGGGAAAGAAAGUAAGAAAGAAAGAUUAUCUGCAAGAAAAUCCAUUCUGCAUGUUUUUCAUUUAAAACUUAUUAGUAGCUGUGCUUUUUCUUUCAUACAGUCAGAUUCACAAUUAUUUGGACAUUAACACAAUGUUUGUAAUUUUGCUUUUGUACAUAUGGAGCUUAAAAGCUGGCAGAAGUAUCUGAAUCUAAAUUUUGUUACUUUUAAUUUACUUGAAAUAUUUAUUGGCAUAUUUCAUAAAUUUGAUUUUUAACAAUGUUUUUCGUUUUGUGAGGUAGUAAAAUCUGUUGUUAAAAAACCAUUUCAAAGUAGAAACUAGAUCAGAUUUUUUCAAAUCAAUUUUAUUAAAAAUAAUACAUAUUUAGGCAAGAGGUAAAACAAACAGGUUUGCCUUUGGAUUAAACAAUCGCAGUGCUAUCUCACACAUUUGUUUCUAAAUUUUGUCAGAUUAGAUUUUAGGAUUUUUUAAAUUAGAAAACGUAUGGAUUAUUAUUAUUUUUUAAAACAUAACAUUAUAAAUUGUUAUUUUGAAAUGUAUAUUUCAACAGCAAAUUUCACAAGGCGUGUUUGAAGUGCAGAUUUUCAGAUAUAAUUUAAGGUGCUUAGCUAAAUUAAUAAUACAGCUCAUUUAUACAAGGUACUUUCAUUUUCACAGAAUCAAAAGUAAUAGGGCAAUUAACUGAUAAGCAGUUUCAUGACCAGGUGUGGCUUGUACCCUCAUUACCUGAGGACAAAUUAGGAGAUUAAAUACUUGGAGAGCUGAAUUUGCAGUUGUUCCUGAGAUGAUGAGAACUUUUUUGAUAGAGGGUCAGAGAAGGUGUCGGUGUGAGUAAAGGAGGUCAUCAUUAGGCUGAAGAAAAAAUGAUCAGAGAGUCAGCUGGAGGGUUAGGAGUGGCCGACUCGACAAAUUUAUACUUUCUUCAAAAGAGGACAUGCACUGCUGAGAUCAGCAACACCAGAGAACUGCAGGAGCACAGGUGAAAAAAAUUGAAGUGGGUGAUGGGGGAAUUUUCAAGAGUCAAUCAAGAGGAGAAAUCUCUGGAGGAGAAAGCUGUGUCACUGUCACAAUUUACGAUUGAGACACACUUUAAAAAACUGCCAAGUAGAGGAAUAAAAUUCUUUAGACAGGUAACACCAAGGCCCAAUCCCAUUUCACCACUUUCCACCACUGUCCCGGUCAUUGUUGGGUUAGAGGGUUAGAGUAAAGUGUUAGGGAAACAUGUCCCUCUAAACAGGGGCGCAAAUACAUACUUUUUGGGGUGUAUGCAAACGUAUGCGUACGUUUUAUAAUCGUCAGCGUCCUGUCAUUACUUUCCCACCGCGCUCCACAAACCAGCAAGCUGAUUGGCUGUUUCUCCGGAGAGGAAAUUUAUUUGGGGCUUUGAUUUGGCGACCCCUCUAGUGCAGCGCCCCUAUGCGUCACAUAGGCUGCGUACCCCCUUUUUGCGCCACUGCCUCUAAACAUAGGGUUAUAAGAAAUCACUACAAGACUAUCAAAAACGUAUAAAUGUAGUAUUUAUAUUGUUAAAAUUAUGACAUAAGUAAGAUAUACUAGGUUAUAAUGUAUUAUACUCAUUUUUCCAUAACUAGCAUUAACAAUCCAAGUUAAUCGCACAUUUCGGAAGCUAGCAAGGAAGCUAGCUAAAUUUACCAUUUUACUUUAAAUAGUGCUGCAGCAGUAACUGAGUCUGCUGCAUUUAAGGUAGAACCAGAACUAAAAACAGAAUUCCAAUUUUGUGUUCCAAUUUUGAAUUGUGCAUUGAGAUAGAGUAUUAGAAGUGCAUGGCCAUUAACGGAUGUGACGGAUGUGCUUCCUCCCCAACAUAAAGCAUAAUCACAAAAAACAGGAAAGAUAAGAAAACCAUAUUAGUUUAGGAAUGAAAGAAAGCAUCUAAAAAAGGCAAAGGAGGGCCUGAGAAGGCACACAAUAAAAUGACGUCCAUCGUUCAAAGUGCAGUAAAGACACUAAUAAAGUUUAUGUACUAGCAUGUAUCUAAAUAUGCAUAUUGUGGUGUUUUCAUUUUUGAGAUCUUGUGAUUGUGGUGGGCUGGUUUAGGAAAAGGUCCAGCCCUGGGUGGAAUGGAAACUUUUGAACAAGAAGCUAGUGAAUAGCUAACUUUAUCUCCAUGUCACAGGGAAUUAGGAGUAGACAAUAAUAAAUAAUUGAUGCAUCACCUCACAUCCCCUCUUUUAAAAGAGAUGCAAUGUCCUAAAUUUAACUUGCGAGGUUACUGAAUUUCUCUGCUUCUCUCCUAUCACUACACUACAGACUGGCAGAGCAGGGCUAGUAGUGUAGUAGUAGUAGCUAUAGUGUUCUUUUUUAUUUAUUUAUUUUGAUGACAUAUCAGGUUUUUGAAGGAUUGCCCCAUUUCUUAGAGAACAUAUUUCACCCAGUUUUACUUGUAACCUAGUUUAAAGGGAUAGGAUGACUCUCACAGUUCAGAGAAGGCAAGAAGAAGCAAAACAAAUUGUUUUUUUCUGUUUUUUUUUUUUUAAACUUGGCUAAGGCACUGUUAUGGCAUAGACAUGGGUUUUGUAAUAAAUGAUGAUGUGACCGAUGACACUUCAUUUAGCCUUACUUUUUUAGCUCCAAAUUACAACAAUUAUAGUGUCCAAAUACAAAUGGGCAGACUGUAUUUUACAUAUUAACAAAGCAACAAAUCUAUGAUGUGCAUUUUUGGCCAUGCUGUGUACAAAUAAUCACGCUAAAACAAUUGUUUGUGUAUAUAUUUCAAAUAUUUGUAAGAGUUCAUUUGAUCUUAAGAAACAAUUAACUGUAAAAAUGAGUAAUCCUGCCUGUAGCUCAAGCACUUUAUGCAGUUCCUUCUUUUUUAAAUGUUUUCAAUAAAUUACUUCAAACAUG